AUGGUUACUUCAAGGGCGAACGAAAUAAAGCUCAUUUCCGGGGGCUCGCAUCCGGAUCUUAGUGCCAAGGUUGCAGACCGGCUUGGCAUUAAAAUCACGAGUACUCUCAGUCUGAACUACUCCAAUCUCGAAACAAGCGUCACAAUUGGCGAGUCUGUCCGAGAUGAUGAUGUUUACAUUCUGCAAUCUACUGCACCUGGCAGUGUCAAUGACGGGCUCAUGGAGCUGCUUAUCAUGAUCCACGCAUGUCGUACAGCAUCGGCUCGGUCAAUUACUGCCGUGAUUCCAAACUAUCCAUAUGCACGCCAAGACAAAAAAGACAAAUCACGUGCUCCCAUAUCUGCGCGGCUGAUUGCCAAUAUGCUACAGUCAGCAGGUGCUAGCCAUGUUAUUACCAUGGAUCUACACGCCUCCCAAAUACAAGGCUUCUUCAACGUGCCUGUCGACAAUCUCUUUGCAGAACCAUCCGUUCUACGCUGGAUCAAGGAGAAUCUUGACGCCGACAACUGCGUAAUAGUAUCUCCCGAUGCAGGUGGUGCAAAGAGGGCUACCAGUUUAGCAGAUAGAUUAAACAUUGGCUUUGCUCUUAUCCACAAGGAGCGACCUCGACCAAAUGUGGUCGGACGCAUGGUUUUAGUCGGCGAUGUCAAGGGCAAAGUUGCUAUUCUGGUUGAUGACAUGGCAGACACAUGCGGCACAUUGGCAAAGGCUGCUGCAACGGUCAAGGAAAACGGCGCAAAGGAGGUUUAUGCUAUUGUCACGCAUGGAAUUCUAAGUGGACCAGCAAUUGAGACAAUCAACAACUCCUGCUUGUCUGGACUGGUUGUGACUAACAUUGGUGAUAAAAUCGAGCGCUGCCCGAAAUUGAGAGUCAUUGAUAUUUCUGGCACCUUGGCAGAGUCCUUCUGGCAUCCGAGCAUGUGCACAUUCCACAAUAAGUGA